UUCUCAAACCCCUCCACAGUCCAACCCAACUGGUUAGGUGUGUUCUUUCACACACACACACACACACACACACACACAAACCCACACACAAAAUACACAUAAUCCAUCUAUACUUACAAGUAUGUGUAUACAUAUAUAGAUUGAUGAUAUAUAUAUAUACAUAUAUCGGUAUACUAUCAGAAAGGUGUAUGCUGUAAUUCUGUGUAACCGCUCCACUUUCCGUCGUUCUUCUCCGAGAUUUACAUAGUUGUAGGAUUUAUGCAUGCAAUUUGAUACCCGCUGGUGGAAAAUCUGAGAAACAAAUGGGGCAUAAGAAGCGGAACGUCGUUCCUCGUUCCAAACCCUCCAAACCGCCGUCAUCGCCGCCGGCGGACGCCCCGAUUACCAACGGUGGUGGUACGAACACCGACCAUUCCCCAGACCGCGCCGCGGCGAAAUCGGACCAUAGCAGCGCAAACCCUUCCCCAUCCUAUUCCGCGGUGAAAGUUGAAUGCGAGCGAGCACUCACGGCACUCCGCCGUGGUAACUACACCAGAGCCCUAAGAGUGAUGAAAGAUUUGACCUCGAAACAGGAGAAUUCCCCACACUCUGCCUUGAUUCAUCGUGUUCAGGGCACUGUCUGCGUGAAGGUGGCUUCCCUAAUCGAUGACACAAAUGCCAAACAGAGGCAUUUGAGGAAUGCAAUUGAGAGUGCGAGAACUGCUGUCACGCUGUCCCCUAAUUCCGUGGAGUUUGGACACUUCUACGCGAAUUUGAUGUACGAGGCGGCGAAUGAGGCCAAGGAGUAUGAGGAGGUGGUGCAAGAGUGUGAGAGGGCUUUGGCAAUAGAAAACCCCGUGGACCCUGCCAAGGAGAGUCUGCAAGAGGAGAACCAGCAGAAAAUUUCUACCGCCGAGGCACGAAUUGUCCAUGUUCAGAAUGAGCUCCGUUCGUUGAUUCAGAAGUCGAAUAUUGCAUCUAUUUCAACUUGGAUGAAAAAUCUCGGCAAUGGCGACGAGAAGUUUCGGUUGAUUCCUAUCAGGAGAGUGCCUGAUGAUCCAAUGGAGCAGGGAUUAGUUCAGGCAAGGAGGCCAAAUGAGAUUAAGAAGGUGGCUAAGACGCCUGAGGAGCGAAGGAAGGAAAUUGAGGUGAGAGUGACUGCAGCUCGAUUUGUGCAGCAGAACUCGGAGUCUGCUCAGUUGAAAAAAGAGGGGGAUAAUACUAAAAACAAUAGCAAAGGGCCGGAGAAUGGUCCAGGGUCGGGUUCGAGGGUGGGGGAAAGAAGGAAAAGUGGGAAUGCGAGGAAAAAUACAUCUACGGAUGAGAGGAGGGAUUUGGUCCGAACAUUUUGGAACUCAAUGAAUUUGGAUGGGAAGAAAGAAUGCCUGAGAAUUAAGAUUUCGGAUCUAAAGGCACAUUUUAGUUCAUCAAAGGAUGGGUUGCCGAGUGAAAUGCUUGAUGAAGCUUUAUCUUUUGGGGAAACAAAUAAAGUAUGGAGGUUUUGGGAAUGCUGUCGCUGCAACGAGAAAUUCGCUGAUGCUGGUUUAUUGAUGCAGCAUGUUGUUCAGGAGCAUAUGGGAAGUUUGGUACCCAAAAUGCAGUCAAUUCUACCCCAAAACGUGGAGAAUGAAUGGGCGGAAAUGCUUCUUAACUGCUCUUGGAAACCUUUGGACUUAAAUGCAUCAAUUAGGAUGCUUCAGAAACAGCCAAAACCGGACUCACCUGAUUUACUUGAUGAAUCAUGUAAUAGUCACAAUGCAGAUGAUUCAAAAGAAUGCUUCGUCGACACUUACUCCAAUGAAUAUGAAUGGGAUGCAUCACCUGGAAAGAACAAAUCUGGUGAUAAUGGCAAUGGUAUUGUACAGAACAGCAAGGAAUUUGAAGAUGUUGAGUGGAUGGACUGUGAUGGAGAUCUAAGUAGUAAGGAAAGUUUACUUAAUAAAAACUGGCCUCUGUCUGAUGACGCCGAGCGUGCAAAGCUUCUAGAAAGAAUCCACUCCAUUUUUGAGACACUUAUAAGAAACAAGUAUAUGGCUUCAAGUCACCUUAGCAAGAUUAUGAACUUUGCAGUGGAGGAGCUGCACGCUAUAGCUAGUGGUUCUCAACUCAAUUCCAAAGUGGACCAGACACCUCUGAGCAUCUGUUUUUUGGGUGCUCCGGAUCUUAAAAAAAUCCUGAUAUUUUUGCAGGAAAUUUCUCAGGCUUGCGCAUUUAAUAGAUAUUCCGACAAGAGUAACAGGGGAGACGAUACAAAUACCGUGAUGCACUCUGUUGACACUCUGGAGAAGAUAGUUUUUAGCAGUGAUGCUUCAUUUCUUGUGCUUGAUGAACAUUUUAUUCCCUGCAAGAUCCCUCGUGGUGAUGGUGUUAACAAUGUUUCCAGUGCACUUACUUCAUCCCAUGGCAGCUAUGAUAAUGGUGGUAUACUUGAUUCAGAUGCAUUAUUGUCCUGGAUAUUUACUGGGCCUUCAAGUAGUGAACAAUUAGCAUCCUGGCAACAAGAGAGAGCAGAGAAAGCUCAGCAAGGUCUGGAAGUUCUCCAGUUGCUUGAGAAGGAAUCUUACCAUCUGCAGGGCUUGUGCGAUAGAAAAUGUGAGCAUGUGAGUUAUGAGGAGGCAUUGCAGGCUGUGGGGGAUCUGUGUUUGGAAGAGGGUAAAAAGAGAGAGCACGUGGCAGAUUUUGUCUUUCAAAGUUACGACUCUGUCCUUAAAAAGAGGCGCGAAGAGCUCAUUGAAAAUGAGAAUGAAUUAACAAUUAUGUGCAAUAGAUUUGAGUUAGAUGCUAUAUCAAAUGUUCUGAAGGAUGCAGAUUCCCUAAAUAUCAACCAAUUUGGUUUUGAAGAAACAUAUAGUAGUGUUACAUCUCAUCUGUGUGACCUAGAAUCUGGUGAAGAUGAUGAGUGGAGAACAAAGGACUACAUACAUCAGGUGGACUCUUACAUAGAAGCUGCAAUACAGAGACAGAAAGAAACAGUUUCUAUUGAGAUCAGCAAAAUAGACGCAAGACUCAUGCGAAUAAUAGCUGAAAUGCAGCAGUUGGAAGUUAAGCUUGAUCCUGCAUCUUCACAUGAUUUUCGGUCAAUUUUAAUCCCUCUGGUGAAAUCAUUUAUGCGGGCACGCUUGGAAGAUCUGGCAGAGAAAGAUGCUACAGAAAAAUCUGAUGCUGUCAGGGAGGCACUUCUAGCCGAACUUGAUCGUGAUUCCAAAAAGGUCAGUGCAGGAGUUGAUAGUUCAAGACACUCGCACGACAGGACAAAGGACAAGAAGAAAAGCAAGGACAACAGGAAAAACAAGGAUUCAAAGGUUAUUAAUAGUGAUGAGUUGCAAGAUCAGACUGCUGAAGAGAAGAUAUUGCUUCCAAGUGCUCAUGGGGAGGACGGUCCAGGUUCCGUGAUUGCUGUUCCUGCACCUGAUGAUGCCUUACAACUAAAUUACGAGGAGUACAAACGCAGAAUUGAACUUGAAGCCGAAGAAAGAAAGCUAGAAGAAACUUUGGAAUAUCAAAGGCGUAUAGAGAAUGAGGCCAAACAGAAACGCCUAGCUGAGAAACAGCAACGGCUUUCCAGAAUAAUUAGUGACAGCACAGAAACUGUGGCAAUGGCGGAUGCUCAUUUGAGGCAUAGUGAUGAUGAAAAAUAUGCCAGUGACCAUAGUAAGGAAUCUUUGGUGCAUAAGGAUGGUUUUGCUGACACUGCGGAUGGCGCGGACACUGCUAAUACGCCUGUGCUGAAAACUGGCUUACCAAAUGAAGGUAUUCCACAGGAUGGUGGUUUUGUUUCUGACCAACGCUCAGGAAGGAGAGGUAGACGGCACAAGGGUCCAACAAAAUUUCCGAUUCCUGAAAAGAAAGAUGCUGACCCUGGUCAACCUAGAACCGGGCAAAAUUCCCAUGGUGAUGGCGAUAAUGAAGCAAAAACAUUGAGAGAGCUUCAGGCAGAGGAUGAUGACGAAGAAAGGUUUCAAGCUGACCUUAAGAAAGCUGUAGACCAAAGCCUUGUUAUGACAGAUGGUGAUAUUAGAAAGGAUACAUAUGGAACAGGGCUGAAAAACGAAGUUGGUCAAUAUAACUGCUUUCUCAAUGUCAUAAUACAGUCCUUGUGGCACUUGAGACGGUUCCGAGAUGAAUUCUUGUCGAGAUCGUUGUCAAAACAUGUUCACGUUGGUGAUCCUUGUGUUAUAUGUGCUCUAUAUGAUAUCCUGAUUGCUCUGAACAUGGCAUCUACGGAUAAAACAAAAGAAGCUGUUGCGCCUACCUCGUUGAGAAUUGCUCUAAGCAAUUUGUAUCCUAAUAGUAAUUUCUUCCAGCAGGGUCAGAUGAAUGAUGCUUCUGAAGUGCUGGCGGUAAUAUUUAGUUGUCUCCAUCAAUCAUUCACUUCUACUACAUCUGUUGCGUCUGGUAUGGAAUCGGUAGAUAGCAACUGCACAAGCUCCUCCUGUGUUGCACAUUCAAUUUUUGGGAUGGGCAUAUUAGAGAGAAUGAACUGUUACAACUGUGGGUUUGAGUCCAGACGCAUGAAAUACACAUCUUUCUUUCACAAUAUAAAUGCCAGUGCUCUGAGAACAAUGAAGGUUAUGCACCCAGAAAACUCCUUUGAUAAGCUUCUGAGCCUGGUUGAAAUGAAUCACCAAUUAACUUGCGAUCCAGAGGCUGGUGGUUGUGGGGAGCGUAACUAUAUCCACCAUAUUCUUUCCACUCCACCACAUGUUUUCACAAUAGUCCUAGGAUGGCAGAAUAAACGUGAGAGUGUUGAAGAUAUUACAGCUACAUUAGCAGCUUUUUCUACUGAGAUUGAUGUCAGUGUCCUUUAUCGCGGUCUUGAUCCACAAAAUCAUCAUCGCUUGGUUUCAAUGGUUUGCUAUUAUGGGCAACACUAUCACUGUUUCGCCUGCAGUGGGGAGCAUGAUCGGUGGACUAUGUAUGAUGACCAAACUGUGAAGGUAGUUGGUGGCUGGAAUGAUGUUAUUACAAUGUGUGAAAGAGGACACCUACAACCCCAAGUCCUCUUGUAUGAAGCUGUAAACUGGUAAUGCAUGAUAUUUCAAAGCGCUACUUGGAAACUUUUGGAAAACCGGAUCAGCCAUUGUCAGUGUUUGAUCUAAUGAUGCACCGUGGGGGUCUAUAGCCAAGAUAGUCGACUUGUGGAGUUACAAUUUUGACAUGAAGCCCUAUAUUGUUUUAAAAGGUUAAAAAUUUCGGUAUAUAGUGGACAAAAUUAUGCUAGACAAGGAGAGAGAUAAAUAUUCGGUUAAAUGAAAAAAAAUAACUAGGUUUCGAUGGUCACAAAGACACUAUCUCCAUCUAUUAGUUAAUUCUCGAAUUAUGAUAUAUGAAACAUUAAAAACCUCCCUGUCAAGUUGAGUGUACUUGACCUCAUGGGUCGUUUCUGAAUGGCAACUAUUACCCGAGCGCAAAGAUGAAUGCGUAGACUGUGGAUAAGAAAUUCCUGUACUUAGAUUUACGUAUCUCAUUAUUUUCAGUACAAUGAAGUUCUGUAUAGAUCAAUCUAUGAUUCCUGGGGAAGUGUUAUGUGGAGAAUGCGAAUUCUCCCUUGUUCAGUUCUCCUUUGGGACUAAAUUUUUGGAGUAGAACA